CCGGAGACGUCCAACUGUUCGUUUCGAGAUAAAUACGGUAACAAAGAAAAUACGAUGUCCAAAUUGCAAAAGAGCGCAACGCGCUCGAUAUUGGAUGAAAUAAAGAUGGAGGUCGAAUCGCACAAACAAUCGCCUGGUCCGUCUCACAGUGACAAAGACGGCGAUCUGUACGAGGAAGAAAUCACCGUGUUUGCCGAUUUCGAUAUCUGCCUCGACAUGGACGACCCCAACCUGCACAUCAAAGUGAUCGGAAUUGAAACGGAAACACCCAUCAUACAAGUGAACGACGAAGUGUACCGGGGGACGGCCGAUUUAGCAUUCGGUACAAACGUGUUCUUUGAGAAGGAUCCCAAAGCCACAGCCACCCUGGAUCCCGUGUUCGAGAACAACAUCAAAGAUUUGUACCAGUACGUGGAUAGCACGGAUAAGGUGCUGCGAAUGAAGCGAAUAUUUCUCAACGCAAAAGAUCAACAGAAACAGGACCAACCCGCGUCUGGACCAGCGGCGAAUGAACGCGAAACUUCCGAAGACGAGGAGGUGAGCAAUUGUGAGGUGAACAUGACGUAUGAAGAUGCGCUCAAUUUGCAUCUACCUGACGGCGCUGUUCCCUGUCGAAGCAUCUCCACCCAUAUGAACGGCGAAGCGCUAAUGGAAAACCGCAGAUUUAAAGGCGAACCCAUGCAGGAUGAAUGAACAGUGGAAUCGAACCAUUUCCAGCUAAACAUGUGAUAAGUGGUGACUAGCGAACAAACAAACAAUUCUUUCCCGGUUCUUUACUACACACCUGGCUAGAAAUACAGUUUUUACAUAAAAUGCAU